AGAGAGCAGCCAUUGGUUUAUUGUCAAUGCUUCUCCUUUACUGACACUUUAAAUUCUUUACCUCCUGAGAAACGAGAGAUUAAAGAAGCUGUACUUGGCUCAGACACUUUGUGUUUCGAUGUAUCACCUGGACAUCCAAUAAACAGUGUGGAGAAACAGAGUUGAGAUGAUCAGUGGAACUCUAUUUGCUGUGAUCCUGUCUGUCUGCAUUAUUUUGGGUGCAUCUGGUCCAGUCCCUCUCCAGUCUCUGAUAGUGGAACGUGUCACUGAGGGUCACACUGCCCAGUUAGAGUGCAUCAUGAGGAACGCCACAGUGACACAUACUGAUAUUCACUGGUACAGACAAGAACCAGGGAGUCACGUGAAGCUGUUAUCCAUAUGUGAAAAAAAGAAUCCUACACAAUGGUGCCCAGAGCUCACUAAUCGAAUCUGGUUUUCCAGAGACCCCUCAAGGAACAGCGCCCUUCUGACCAUCACAAACGUACAGCCCAAUGACACUGGGGUCUAUUACUGCUCAGUGCAGGGAGGGAUCUAUGGGAGUGGAAGCCUGCUCUUUCUAAACAGUACCAAUGGUCCAGUCCUUCUCCAGUCUCCAAGCCUGGGUCGUGUCACCGAGGGUCAGACUGCCCAGUUGCAGUGCACCAUGAGGAACACCACUGUGACACACACUGAUGUUCACUGGUACCGGCUGUCCCCAGAGCAUAUUAUGGAGUGGGUUUUAACACAUCCAGGAAAUGUAUCCACACAAUGGAGCCCAGAAUUCAAUAAGCGAUUCCAGCCUUUCAGAGACUCCUCCAAUAACAGCUUCAUUCUGAACAUCACAGACGUGCAGCCCAAUGACACUGGGGUCUAUUACUGCUCAGUCUGGGAAUGGAUCUAUGGAAGUGGAAGCCAACUCAUUGUAGACACAGAGGAAAGGUAAAAAGAAGAAAUCACUUCAGCAGAACAAUAAGAAAAAGAAUGGAUCAUGUUAUUGAACAAAAGGAAAAAGAGAAGAGAGAGAAAAAGUGAGAGAAAGAGCAAGGGAAGAGCAAGAGAAAGAGAAAGAG